CGGGGCGGGCGGUUGCGGCCGUUGUCGCGGGGGAGGCGGCGCUCGGGGCGGCCAUGGCCACGGCCGGGGGCGGCGGACGGCCGCGCUGUCCCCCGGGAUGGCUCCUGGGGGUGGUGGCGGCUGCUUUGGGUGUCCUGGCAGGAGUGACAGCUUCACAUAAGGAAGAGAAACAUUUCAUUGAUUUAAUUGAAAAGAAUUAUGUGUAUGGCAACACUAAACGUGAAGUUGAUGUGUAUGUUAAGAUGUUUACAAACAGCCCACUUCUAGUAUGUAUGGAUUUGGCUCGUUCUAGAGAAGAGUUGAUAGAUCCCAACUAUUUUUGGGUUGGUCCAGAUGGAACAAAUUUAGAAGGGCGAAUAUAUGUGAAUCUUACAGAAACAGGAAAGCUGAUGGUGAUGGGUUUUAAGGAGUUUAUGUCUGGAGCCUACACUUGCACUCUUUCUCACAAAAUCAUCGAAACUACCACACAAGAAGAAAGAGAAGUGUUGGAAGAAUAUAAAUUCAUGGUAUAUGCAUACAGGGAAGCCGACCACGCGUAUCGGGUAUUUGUUCGCUUUACUACAAAAGAAUGCAACCUAGCAGCUAACAGCCAAUUCUUUGAGGAGCUAAGGAAGAUCUUAAAUAACAUCAUCUCUGAUCUGACGUGUCACAUCGUAGAGUCGUCCUACAAAUGCCACUCUGUCAAGAUACCAAAACAAGGCCUCCUGUAUGAGCUAUUUGUUAGUUUUCAAGUAAAUCCUUUUGCACCAGGAUGGGAAGAAGAUUGCCACCAAGUUCCUUACGAUUGUGAAGAUGCGACAAACAUGAAAGUCCAAGAGGCAAAAGAUCGAAUUGGAGCAUUUUUCCGUAAGCAGACAUAUGCUUUGAAGCACCAUUUUCAGGCCGUUCCUGCAAUACACUACGUGGACAACAGUUUCUCGGUUACUCACAUUGACAGUUGUCGACCAGGUUUUGGGAAGAACGAUAUCACCCACAAGAACUGCGCGAGCUGCUGCGUGGUUUGUGAGCCUGGAACUUACAGUCCUAACAACGAAGUGACCUGCCAGAUUUGUUCAAGGCCUCAAGUCCAAAUAUAUGGAGCAACAGCUUGCUAAUAAACUUCUGACGGAAACUGGAAAACCAAA